UGAGGCAUGCCAACGUCGUUGUUUUACUUGUUUUUGUGCUUGCCACGUUUUAUUCAAAAUGGACUUUGAAGUGACCCACGUCAACGAGAAAUACUUAUAUAAUGUGUCUGCACGCGUCACACGGUACGGCAGAAAAAGUGAUUACCUAUACAACCUCGAGGGAGGAAUCAAGCAUACUUGGGGAAACAAUAUCACUAUUCAUUUCAUUUUCUUCGAAGCCCAAAACAACCAAUACAAGCGGAGUCUAUUGGAGCUAAAACUGAAGUUUUGCGACCUAUUCCAACGAGAUCAACACCUCGGAAAGAUGUUCAGCGCGGUUUUAGACAAAUAUGGAAUAUCCUGUCCUUUUCCGCCGGGAAUGUAUCGCUUCAUGAACACGACGCUGCCCGGAGAGAAGAUUCCCAACUUCCUGCCAUUCCGAAAGGGCAAGGUCGAGAUCACGUUUAACCAAUUGCAGACGCAAGAUUUAGUUGGAAGGAUUUUUAUCAUAUUUACCGUUAAAUCGUAGUUUUACCGAAAAAAUCAUAUAUGUACUUACGUGCACCAAAAGAUGCGUAAAAAACAAUAUUUUUUUUUUAUUAUAACUUGCAUCUUUUAAGUGGUCUGCAUUAUUUGACCUCCACCGAUGAAUAGUUGCCAGGCUCUUAGAUCUAAUAUUUAAGUUAGUACAGCGAACUGACUAAAUAGUUUUAAUUGCUCUCAAAAUCUUUAACUAGUUUUCACUACCGGUGUUAAUUCUUAAUUUUCUGCUUCCCAAAGGUUGUCCGGAAGAGGUCGCUUCUUGCGAUAAGACCGCCUGUUGUUACUUACCUAAUAAAGUGUUUGUUGUUCUGAUUAAUCCA